AUGUGCCUGAACUUGCUCACACCAUUCUCUCACAAAAACAAAUCACCAUCAAACAAAAAUAUCAAUCUCAAAGGCAUUGCACAAAUACACAAGCAUUGUGCUGACUUUGCUUCCGAUAAACCCUCCGACACAUGUCUUAAAUAUCAACUCCGAUCAGACCGCGAGUGCGGAGAGUAUAACGUUGACAUUUACAACAUCUACGCUCCCCUCUGCAGAAUAUCAGAAUCCAAAUCUGUCUCAACUGGUUCUGUUCAUCAUUUCGAUCCAUGCUCUAGUAAUUAUGUGGAGGCGUAUCUAAAUCUUGUUCAAGUGCAAUCAGCUCUUCAUGUUAAAGCUACGAAUUGGUCAGCUUGCGGGUAUGCCUAA